UACCGCGGUUGGGCGCGAGCCUUCAGUCUGGCAGCCCGCGACUCGGGGAGCUUCAGUGUCUGCGUUCGAAUUCCGAGUCCGAAUCCCUGAGGAAUCGGAAACCGGCGGCGCGGGUCCCGGCGACGGGUCGAUCGUGCAAAACCCAGGGGAGAGGGUGGGUAUGGACGGGACUUGUGCGGAGAACCCAGCAAAAGAGAGCAGACGCUGAGGGGAAGCCCCGCGGGGCACGGCCAGGCCAAACUGAUCAUUUUUCUGCCACUCAUCUUUCAUUAUGAAAGAGGACCAAGUUGUACUGGAGGAAUCAGGAUUCCAAGAGGAUGAGGAAUCUUUGUUUCAAGACAUUGAUCUGUUACAAAAACACGGAAUUAAUGUUGCUGACAUUAAGAAACUGAAAUCAGUAGGAAUCUGUACUGUCAAAGGGAUACAAAUGACAACAAGAAGAGCCCUGUGUAAUGUCAAAGGGCUCUCAGAAGCAAAAGUGGACAAGAUUAAGGAGGCAGCCAACAAGCUUAUUGAACCAGGAUUCUUGACUGCAUUUGAGUAUAGUGAGAAGAGGAAGAUGGUUUUCCAUAUCACCACCGGGAGCCAGGAAUUUGAUAAGUUGCUAGGAGGUGGAAUUGAAAGCAUGGCAAUCACAGAAGCUUUUGGAGAAUUUCGUACUGGAAAAACCCAACUCUCUCAUACUCUCUGUGUGACAGCUCAACUUCCAGGAGCAGGUGGCUAUUCAGGAGGAAAGAUUAUCUUCAUUGAUACAGAAAAUACUUUCCGUCCAGAUCGCCUUCGGGACAUUGCUGAUCGCUUCAACGUAGACCAUGAUGCAGUACUGGACAAUGUACUUUAUGCUCGUGCAUAUACUAGUGAGCAUCAGAUGGAGCUGCUUGAUUAUGUAGCGGCCAAGUUCCAUGAAGAAGCUGGCAUCUUCAAGCUACUGAUUAUUGAUUCAAUAAUGGCACUGUUCCGAGUGGAUUUCAGUGGUCGUGGGGAGUUGGCUGAACGGCAGCAAAAACUGGCUCAGAUGUUGUCACGACUCCAAAAAAUCUCAGAAGAAUAUAAUGUGGCUGUGUUUGUGACCAAUCAGAUGACUGCUGAUCCAGGAGCAACAAUGACUUUUCAGGCAGAUCCAAAAAAACCCAUCGGGGGACACAUUCUGGCUCAUGCUUCAACAACAAGAAUAAGCUUAAGAAAGGGGAGAGGAGAACUCAGAAUUGCCAAGAUUUAUGACAGCCCUGAUAUGCCUGAAAAUGAAGCCACCUUCGCAAUAACUGCUGGAGGGAUUGGGGAUGCCAAGGAGUAGGUGGCAGUUUGAUGCAAAUUGCUUCUUAGUGCUUAUUAGGAGCUGAAGAAAUGGAAAAGCAGCCUCAAAUUUUGGAUCCUGAAGAAUUCUGGUUUUAUUUUUACAUGCUAUUAAAGGAAAGUCAGCAAAGGAAGUUUAAAUUUUACAUGUAUCUUAAAGUCCCUGAGUUAUAGCUAUAUAUUGUAUAUUAGUUCAAGAAUAUGUUUAUGAAUUCAUACAUGUAUUGAAAAUUUGUUGGGAAAGAGGUACCUGAUUCCUUCAUGUUAACUUUCCAAAGUGAGUCACUAAGCAGACAAACGAAUCUAAGAGCUAAGAAGUGUUCCACUGUCCUAUAGCUUUCCCCUUGAACACUUACAGAGGUGGACACUUCCAAAGGAUAGCAGUGUCUGAGGAGUGUUUAUAAGACAUACAAAAUUAUUUUAAUGCAUACUUUCAUACUGUACAUUCCUCUUCACAGUGACAAAAAAUAAACUAAUUAAAAUAA